CUUGAAGUGCCUCAAACGAAGGCGAGGGGACACCAUAGUGCGCGCGCCCUUCGAUUGAGCUUCGACGUGUCUACUACCAAUGCUGCCGAUUCCUUUUGAUGAAGAUCGGCUCCUGGCCGAGCUUCAGAAUCUCUUCAUGUCGAACACUCGUGCAACUUCUACAGCCGAGAAUGCUGCCCAACACCUGCGCUUACCUUCGUCCCGAAUUCGGUCGCUCUUGAUGGAAGUUUGCGAACGCAGCUUGGAGCCCUUCCAAACAGAAUCGAUGGCCACCUUACUGGAUGAAAUCAUGCCGGACCACGAUAAGACACACAAUGCAAGUCACGUCCUGCAAUGCCUCUUGUCGAAAUGGAAAAAUGGCUGUGCGGAGAAUACCGCGAUACUCACUGAGACGUAUUGCGCGGAGCUUGGAAGCGGCAGUGCAACAGAGGGGACUUUCGUGCAGGUUCUCGAUUCAGAUGCUCAGCACACCAUACAGAGAAGGCUGCAUGGCAUGGACGCCGCAAUAUCGAACCUGGAUUCUACCGUCUAUGAUAUUGAGCUGCGCGCAAGCGAAGAGAAAGAUCGAACAAAGAACGAUUAUCAAGCCAUGUAUCAACGCUUGAAUGGCUUCAGCUCUAACCUCGAUCUGCAACGCUUUGAUCUUGAUACGCUCCUGUCAUCAUCAGAUAUACUGGACGAACGAGUCCUGAAGCUGGAGAACACUUUGAAUUCGAUACUGACCGUAUUCGAGAGUUUAUGCGAUGAGACGUCAAUGGAGAGACUACAGCGGCUCAUACACAAGGCCAGAACACAACUGAACGCCUGCUUCGACUUCCAGCAAGAAUCCGUCGACUUGGACAGGCCAAUAGUAGAUGGAGCGACAGUGGACGACGUAGCUGAACUCACUGAUCUGAUAGAGCAAUACAUUACCAUAGGACGCAAUCUGGAGUCGCUUGCGAGAAAAAAAAUUGGCAUCCAGUCAGCCUUUCCACUAGAGUCUGGUGAUUGCGAGCUGCAAGACGUGCCUCAAGUGCAGACACAAAAUGAUGAUGUCACCCUUGAAGGCCUGGGUUUGCGCUCUUUCCAGUCGAGCAUUUGCCAUGAGUUGGAGGAACCCUGGCACAAGAGCUCCACUCGUGUUCAGUAUUCUCAGGAGAGUGCAUCAUCUGGAACUUGUUCUGUGACACUGUCGUCGGCAAGAGGUUUCUGGGAUGUGUUGGCAACUUUACUACCCAUUGCGGAGAGCCUCUGCACAUUGGUUGCCAGAUUCGAUCUCGAUCAUCUUUUCGGGAGUCGAUUGUUGGCGAGCCUCCCAAGAGUACCCGCUUGCAUUUGCAUUUAUGGGAUUGAUAUACCACCUUUACGGCACAUCGUGAUGGGAGCACUGGCCUUCGCAACUAUGAUGUAUGUUCUGAAUACCGUGACAACCUUACUCAGUAGCAGAUCCGCUGCAAUCUGUGAAGGGUUUAGACUCUCCUAAAAUAGUAUACUUCCAUGCUUCACAGAGUAACGACUGAUCCAUCAUUCUAUACAUACGUACACCUCAAUUGAGACCCCCAGUUGAGUGCGAGCGGGUUUACGUCAUUGAACUUACCUUUAUUGCCAUCUAAACAGAUGGAUGUCUCCUUUGGCAUGUAUGCCGCGGU